UAUCUUAUCUUAACUCCUAUCCUCUCAUCAGACCAUUGUUACUUCAUACGACUAUAAAAGUAUGACUUCAUCCGUUGGGUUUGUUUCUGUGCACCCAUACAAACCAACUACUAUCCUCUCAUACAACCAACUACUCCCAUUUCCAUUUCACUUCUUCACUGUUAACAAUGGCUGAAACCGUUGCUUCUGCCCUCCUUGGUGUCAUUUUUGAGAAGCUAACCGAUGAAGCCUUCAAGAAGUAUGCUCGCUCUCAGAAGAUUCAUUCCGAGCUCAACGAAUUGAAGACCACGUUGUCCAACAUUAAAGCUCUGCUUAAUGAUGCUUCUAACAAGGAAGUUACUCAUGAAUCUGUUGGACUAUGGCUUAAUAGUCUCCAACAUUUGGCUUAUGAUAUUGAUGACGUACUCGACGAUGUGGCUACCGAAGCUAUGCACCGUGAGCUGACUCAGGAAUCAGGAGCAUCCACCAGCAAGGUAAGAAAGCUCAUCCCAACUUGCUGCACAAAUUUCUCACUAAGUCAUAGGUUGUCUUCCAAGAUAGAUAGUAUUACCAUCAAGUUACAACAACUAGAAAAACAUAAGUCUGAUCUAGGUUUGAUUGUGAAAGAUGAAAAGCCAAAAAGUACUAGUAGAGGCAACGAAACUUCUUUGCCAGAUGGGUCUAGUGUUGUUGGAAGAGAAAGUGAGAUAGAGAAAUUGCUGAACAAGUUGUUAGGGGAUGAUGGGUCAUCUAAGGAAAACUUUAGCGUCUUACCCAUAGUUGGUAUGGGUGGGGUUGGUAAGACCACUCUAGCUAGAGUUUUGUAUAAUGAUCCACAGGUGAAGGGUCACUUUAAUCUUAAGGCAUGGGUUUGUGUUUCUGAUGAUUUUGAUAUCUUUAAGAUAAGUAAAAUCAUUUUUCAAGCCGUGUCCGGGGAAAGGAAGGAAUUUGAAGAUUUGAAUCAACUUCAAAUGGAUCUUAUAAAGCAACUUCAGGACAAGCGAUUCCUACUAGUACUCGAUGACGUGUGGCAUGAAAACGAUGAUGAUUGGGAAAAGCUGGUGCGCUCAUUUCAUUCAUGUGCUCAUGGAAGUAGGAUAAUCAUGACAACUCGUAAAGAAGAGUUGCUCAUAAAGCUAGGUUUUAAUCAUCUAGAUUCUCUCAAGACUUUGUCGCAUGAAGAUGCUUUAUCUUUAUUUGCUCUACAUGCAUUAGGUGUGCAGAACUUCGACUCACACACAACACUUAAACCACUUGGUGAAGCUAUUGUGAAAAAGUGUGCCGGUUUGCCUUUGGCUUUGAAGGCAAUUGGAACGCUAUUGAAGGCAAGAACAAAUGAAGAAGACUGGGAAGACGUAUUCAAUAGUGAGAUUUGGAAUUUAGAAAAUAGUGAUAAGAUUGUACCAGCUCUAAGGCUUAGCUACCAUGAUCUUUCAUCAAAUUUAAAGCAGUUGUUUGCAUAUUGCUCCUUGUUCCCUAAGGGCUUUUUGUUUGAUGAAGAGAACUUGGUCUUAAUGUGGAUGGCAGAAGGAUUUUUUAACCAAUCCAAUGCAGCCAAGUCACCAGAACGCUUGGGCCAUGAAUAUUUUGAAGUUUUAUUAUCAAGGUCAUUUUUUCAACAUGCACCUAAUGAUGAAUCAUUAUUUAUGAUGCAUGACCUAAUGAACGACUUGUCCACCUUUGUUGCUGGAGAACUUUUUCUAAGGUUUGAAAAUCAUAUGACGACAGAUGCAGAAGCUUUGGAAAAGCAUCGCCAUAUGUCAUUUACUCGCGAGGAAUAUGUAGGCCACCAAAAGUUUGAGGCAUUUAAAAGAGCAAGAAGCUUGAGAACAUUGUUAGCGGUAUCUGUUGGGGUGGAUGAAAGUUCGGAAUCAUAUUACUUGUCCAAUAAGAUUUUGGUUGACUUACUUCCUAAGUUAACAUUGUUAAGGGUUCUUUCUUUGAGUUGUUUUGAGAUAAGUGAGUUACCAGAGUUUAUUGGUAAUUUGAAGCACUUGCGGUAUCUUAAUUUAUCUCAAACUAAAAUCACCGAGUUACCAAAGAAUGUUGGCAAUCUUUAUCAUCUACAAACUUUGAUUGUUUUUGGUUGUGAAAGUUUGACUAAGUUGCCUAAAAGCUUCAUAAAGCUUAAAAAGUUGCGACAUUUGGACAUAAGGGAUACCCCGCUUUUGAAAAAGAUGCCCUUGGGGAUUGGUGAGUUGAAAAGUCUGUAUACUCUCAACAAGAUCAUCAUUGGAGGAGAAGAUGGUUUUGCAAUAACCGACCUUAAGGGAUUUAAGAAUCUCCAUGGGAUGGUUUCUAUUGAGGGAUUGCAGAGAGUGCAAAGUGUAAUGCAAGCACGGGAAGUGAACUUAUCUCUAAAAGAGAUUACUAAAUUAGAGCUGAAAUGGAUUGAUGGGUCUGAUGGUUCACGAAGUGGUCCAAUUGAAAAGGAGGUUCUCAAUAUGCUCGAGCCUAGUAGAGAUAGGUUGAAAGAGCUUGCAAUUGUGUCAUAUGGAGGAACAGAGCUUUCAAAUUGGGUUGGUGAUCCAUCUUUUCAUAAGUUGGUUAAUGUUUCCAUACAUGGUUGUAGCAAAUGCACAUCUCUUCCGCCAUUUGGGCAGCUACCUUCACUUAAGGAGUUGUUUAUUGAAGGCAUGGAUGAGGUUAAAGUCAUAGGUUCGGAGUUAAUUGGGACUACAACUGUUGUUUCCUUCCCUUCACUUGAAAUUCUAAAAUUUCAAAAUAUGAGUGAAUGGAAGGUAUGGUCAACUAAUAACUUGGAUGCAGUGUUUCCAUGCCUUCAAGAGCUUCAUAUAAACAAGUGUCCCAAUUUGAUUGACAUUUCAUUGAAAGCACUACCUUCGGUAAGGGUUUUACGUAUAAACCGAUGUGGUGUUAAUGCGUUGAGAAGUCUCGUUCAAGCAGCUUCAUUAGUCAAUGAGUUACGAAUAGUAUGUAUUGUAGGGCUUACAAAUGAAGCUUGGAGAGGUGUUAUAAUGUAUCUUAAGGCAGUUGAAGAAUUAUACAUAUGGCAUUGUGAUGAAAUAAGAUACUUGUGGGAUUCAGAAGAGACAAAUAAGGUCCUUUUAAACUUAAAGGUAUUGGAUUUACGUAGAUGUAAAAAUCUGGUGAGUUUAGGAGAGAAAGAGGAGGAUAAUGUUGAGAGCACCCUUUUAUUAUCUCUCAGUCAUUUGGCGAUCUUGUAUUGCGAGAGUAUGAAGCAUUGUUAUUGUCCAAAUAGCGUCGAGUAUUUUAGUAUACAAGGAUGUAGUACACUUACACUUGUCUCCUUCCCAAGAGAAAUAGGAGGGGGGCAAAAGCUCAAGUCACUUAUGAUAAAUGAUUGUAAAAAACUAACCGAAGGGAUCAACAACACAAACAUGCAAAUGCUUGAAGUCUUGUUUAUAAAUAAGUGGACAGAUCUGAAAUCAAUAACUCAAUUUAGUAACUUCAAUCACCUCACCCUUCUCUGUUUAUCAAAUUGUCCGAGUAUUGAGUCAUUUCAACUAUCGAAUCUCACUUCAUUAAGACACCUUAUGAUCACAAAAUGUCCAAGUUUUUGUUUAUCCUUUGAUGGAGGGUUUUGGCCUCCCAAUUUAGUUUCCCUUUCCAUAGGGGGAGUGAAAGAGCAAAUCUCAGAAUGGGGUCCUCCAAAUUUUCCAUCUUCUCUCGUUGACCUAACUUUAAGUCAUGAUCUCCAUGUGAGUGAUUUUCGUCAUUUGUCCCAUCUUCUUCCGUCAUCUCUUACUUCUCUGAAUAUAGAAAUGUUUUUUAAACUGGAAUCACUUUCAACGGGACUCGAACACCUCUCCUCCCUUCAACAUCUCAGUAUUGAAAAAUGCUUCCAUAUGAAACAUCUGCCAGUGACAUUGUUGCCUUCCCUUUUGAGCUUGAGAAUUGCUUUAUGCCCAUCUCUUUCAUUAAGGUGUAAUGGAAAAGGCUCCCACUACUGGCCCCGCAUCUCUCAUAUCCCCUGCAUCGAAAUAAACCACAGCAAAGAUAUCAAAGAAAUCGCUGAAUAUGUUGCAAGAUAGUCAUGAAGAUUAAUUGAGCCGAAAGAAGAAAGAUAGCAUGUGGUUUAACACCUGAAGUACAUAUGAACCUUGUUUAACUUCGACAGGCUAAUUCUAAAAUCAAGCUAAUAAAAUUACACAUAGCCAAUUCUAACGUCUUUUUCUUUAGUUUAAUUGGGGGGUAUUGGAAUAUUAAAGACGAAGAUGCGACGAACUAUUUGGCCUCUGUUUGAAUAUCCAAAUCCACUUUAUAAGUAAUCUUCCACAAGCAACGGAAAACAAGCUCACUGGAUUAUCUUCUAAUGUCUUUGUUAGCACUGCCAAACCAUCAAGAAAAAGCGUUGCUAAUAUUACCCGUGCUACAUAGGUCUGAAUAAAGUUUCCAAAUUGCUGCUCUUACUGAUCUCAACCCCAACACGACUGGAAGAUCUUUUCAAAUUCAAAAAGAAGAUGAACGGAAGGCAGUUACUUGGACCCCAUUUCAUUUGGUCCCUGAAAAGGUUGAGUCGCCCAUGUCCACAGGGUGCAUGAUGAUUACAUGACUGAACUUGCCACACUGCAACAAGUUGAAGAGGAACACAUUCUCUCAAGGUUUCUGCAAAUCAACAACACACAUUCAAAAUACUUGAGAGAGAAGAUACUAAACAUUAUAAUUUAUGGGACGAUUUGGGGAGGUUCGGGAGAGAAGCAAAGAAGAAAACAAAGAGGAGCGAGGAAGGACAACAACGGGAGAUCGGGAACACCAUCCUGUCCAAUUCGGGACCGACUCAAAAUCAUCGGGAGGAGCAGGAUACGGGAAGCAUAUUAUAUGAUGUGAAGCAAUGGGAUAUAUGUAGCUUUUCAGCCUUAUGCAAAUAUGAAGGAUAAAGUUAAGAUUGUAGCUUACCAAAAAUAUGGUUUCAUCAAAUUGUUGCUUUCAUCCACAAAGCUCUUUUAAGUUCCAAGCUUUUCAGAAAACACAAGCAAAACAAAGAACUUAUUUGGGCUGGAAUUUGUGCAUAAUUUGGCAGAUGAAGAUCUUUGCUUCCGUUAUGUUAAGUUGCUACAUUUUCAAGCUGAACAAUGAAAACAACAUUGCAAGUACACAAUGAUGCAUAAUCUUUACAUUGAUGGUGAUAUGGAGCUGAUCCAUGAUUUAGCAUUCUCGUAUUUGGAGAAACUAGACGCACGGAAGUGGGCUACAAAAUGGUUCAAACUAGAAAGGGCAUAACUUUCAUGAUCACGUUCUAUUGAAUAAAUACGAGAUAUUCUCGUCUUAUUUAGCUCCCAAUCAUUCCUUUCUAUUUGCCUUUUUAUUAGCCAUUUAUUUAUUUACUUCCUAGUAUAGCUCCUGCUCCUUUGUAUUUAUUUCCGUUUCCUCUUCUUUGUCAUCACUGAGAAAUAUUGCAAUCAAUGAAAAGGGUUCAUACCAUUGAAAUUA